AUGUCGACAAAUAAAAGUGAUCAACAAUAUGUACCGAUGGUUAGUACAAAAGAUCGUCAUCAAUUAAAAACAAAUAAUAUGUUAGUUUCAACAACAACAUCAAUAGUUGAAACAAAAAAUAAAAUUAUAAAACAAGGUGAACGUGAUAAUUGGAGUAAUCGUAUUGUCUAUCUUCUAUCAAUUAUUGGUUUUGUUGUUGAUCUCGGCAAUGUAUGGCGUUUUCCAACAACAUGUUACCGAAAUGGUGGUGGCGCUUUUCUUAUUCCUUAUUUUACUUUCUUAUGUCUUGUGGGCCUUCCUUGUAUGUAUUUGGAAUUGGCUAUUGGACAAUAUCAUCGUCUCGGUUACAUAACAAUAUGGAAUAAAAUAUGUCCGCCAUUAAAAGGUAUUGGCUAUUCAAUGUUAAUUAUUAAUUUAUAUGUUUUAUCAUAUUACAAUACAAUUAUUGCAUGGUCAGUUCAUUAUGGUAUAGCAUCAUUUCGUGCUAUUGUACCAUGGACAUUUUGUAAUAAUGAAUGGAAUACACCAUUAUGUUAUUCCUUACAUGAUAAACGUACAUUGAUUGUUUCACAUAACGCAUCAUGUUCAUCAGCAGAUGAAUAUUUUGAACGACGUAUGCUUAAAUCUCAUCUAUCACCGAGUAUUAAUCAACUAGGUUCAUUACAAUGGGAAUUAGUUGGUUGCUCAAUGAUCGUUUUUCUUCUUAUUUACUUAUCAAUUUUUAAAGGUGUUAAGACAGCUGGUAAAGCAAUAUGGUUUACAGCAUUAAUACCUUAUGCAGUUUUAAUUAUCUUAUUAUUACGUUCAUUAACACUUGAUGGAAUAUUUGAGGGUUUAAAAUAUUAUGUAGCACCAUCAUUUGAACGUUUAAAUGAAUAUUCAGUAUGGCAAGCGGCUGCUGUACAAAUAUUCUUUAGUUUAGGACCUGGUUUUGGUGUUCUACUUAGUUAUGCAAGUUUUAGUGACAUACAUGACAAUGUAUCUGGUACAGCUUUAAUAGCUAGUUUAGUUAAUUGUUGUACUAGUUUAUUAUAUGGUACAGUUGUUUUUGCUGGUUUGGGCUAUUUAUCAUAUCGAUUACAUACUGAUGUACGACAAUUUACUGAAAGUAAUAUGGGUCUUGUUUUUGUUGUUUAUCCAGAAAUUUUAACAUCAAUACGUGGUGCACCAUUUUUUUCUAUCCUUUUUUUUAUAAUGCUUCUAACAUUAGGACUUGAUAGUGUAUUUGCUGGUGCCGAAAGUGUUUAUACAGCAAUAUCUGAUGAAUUUCCAAUAUUAGCUCGUCGUCCACGUUUAUCACGUGCAUGUGUUGUAUUAGUCCCAUUUUUAGUAUCAAUACCAACAUUAACAUAUGGUGGAAAAUAUGUUGUUCAUUUUAUGGAUUUUUUCGGUACAUCACCAUCAAUAAUGUUUAUUGUUUUAUGUGAACUUAUUGCAACUGUAUGGUUAUAUGGAAUGGAUAGAUUUAGUAAUAAUGUUAAAAUGAUGACUGGGCGCAAACCAAAUAUUUAUUGGCGUGUCACAUGUCGUUAUAUAGCACCAUUAAUACUUCUUAUUCUUUAUAUUUGUUCAUUUAUUCAGUUUGAUAGUCAAGAAUUUUCUUCAUUUGGUAAAGGAAAUACAGCAUUAAAAGUAAGUAUUGCAGGAUGGACUCUUAGUUCAAUAUCAACAUUACCUAUACCAAUUUAUGCAUGUUGGUGGUUAUUAUUUCGACGUCAGAAAAAUGUUACUAAACAAACAACAACCAAUGUUGUUACAGAAUCAAUACCAACAAACAGACUUAAUGAACAAGAAGCAUUUAUAUAA